AUGUGUUCAAGUGACAGGAACGUAGCUCUCAAAGCAAAGAGCUUGUGCAAACGCAUGCCAUGGAUGAUGCGUCUCGAAGAUCACUUAAUCCCUGACAACCAACUUGGCGCAGCUUAUCAGAAAACACGAAUAGACCAUGAAAUGCUUCUGAAUGUGAACAGUGAUCCAAAGAUCGCCAGACUGACAGGAAUAAUGGUAACUCUAGGAGAGAAAAAUUCCCAUCCGAUGGGAAUAACUGAUAUUGUUUUGUCGGGGGCUGACAUGGUGAGAAUGAACAUGUCACACAAAGAACCUAAGUGGCACGCUAUAAGUGUACAAUCUAUCAGAGAAGCUGGAAACAGAAUUCAUCGGUGUCGUCGCGAAGUAUUUCCCUUGGCUGUUGCAAUGGAUUUACGUGGACCUGAAAUACGUACAGGGCUUUUCAAUGGAGCGGAAGACUCGAUGGGAUAUGCAGAGUUCAAAGAAGGCAAUUCUGUGAAAUUACUAGUCGAGGAUAAUAUGAAACGAACUGGUUGUGAUAAGUGUUUUUGGGUGUCUUAUCCUGAUUUGCCUAGAUUUUGUAAGGUUGGUGAUAAAAUUUACAUCGAUCGAGGGGCAGUUAUCUUAGAGACUACUUGUGUAGCGGAGUGCACUGUGACCUGCAAAGUAGUGAAAGGUGGAAUUGUCAGGAAUGAGAAGCUAGUGCAAUUAGUGGAUGGAAUUCCUGAGCUACCUCAAGUGUCUGGGAAAGAUGAUGCCGACAUUGGCCUGGCCCUGGACUUUGAAUGUGAUCUUUUGAUAGUGUCUCAUGUGCGAAAUGGGCAAAUGAUAUGCGCUGUCAAAGAUAGAAUAAAACAAAUUGGAACACGGCCAAUUUGCGUUGUGGCGAAAAUUUCAUGUAAUCAAGGUCUUGAGGCUUUCGAUGAUAUCCUAAAAGUAGCAGAUGCAAUCAUGAUUGAUAGAGCUGGAAUUGAAGUAGAUAUCCGACCCGAGAAAGUGUUUUUAGCACAAAAAUGUAUAAUUUCAAAAUGUAACAGAGUUGGCAAACCAGUUAUCAUAGCCGUUCGCAUAAAAGGAACUGAACCAUCGUACACAGAUAUGAACGAUAUUUCCUGUGCAGUUCUUGAUGGUGUUGAUUCCAUAUUUCUUGCAACAGGAGCACUGAGUGUUGACGAAACUGUGAAAGUUGUUAAGAACGUUGAUAUCGCUUGUAGAGAAGCCGAGUGCGCCCGAUGGCAGAGACAGACUUUUGAAGAACUUAGUUACAAAGCUCUAAUACCCCUCGAUCCAACGCAUUCUAUUGCUGUUGCUGCCAUCGAGACAUCUAUGAAGUGCAAUGCAGCUGCUAUAAUUGUUACCACAACAACUGGACGUUCGGCAAUGAUGUUGUCUAUUUAUCGUCCUCGCUGUCCCAUCAUUGCUGUCACUAGGUACGGUAUUGUGGCACGCUGGCUGCAAGUGUAUUUUGCGGUUCACCCAAUCCAUUACAGAAAUCCACCAUAUCCAGAUUGGAGUAAGGAUAUGGAUUACCGAAUACAACAUGCAAUGAAUUACUCUCGUAGUCAUAAAUUUGUGGAAGUUGGAAAUGCAGUUGUCAUAGUUAGCGGAUGGCGUCAAGGCUCAGGAUUUACAAAUUGCAUACGUAUAGUUUAUGCUUCGCCAGGAAAUAUUCCAAACUUGUCCGAAGACUUUGAGGAGUCUUGGUGA